CUGGGUGGAGGGCCCGGGUGCCGGGGCCCGAGGUGCCGCCUCGCUAGCGGGAGAGGGAGCGGGAUCACCGGCCGGAGAGAGCUCUCAGGGCCAGAGUGGGGCAGGAGGAUGCUUUCCCAGCCCCACCAUGGAGUUGCGCUGUGGGGGAUUGCUGUUCAGUUCUCGCUUUGACUCAGGGAACCUAGCCCAUGUGGAGAAGGUGGAAUCUGUGUCUAGUGAUGGGGAAGGAGUAGGGGGUGGGGCAUCAGCCCCCACCAGCAGCAUUGCCUCUUCUCCUGACUACGAGUUCAACGUGUGGACCCGACCAGACUGUGCUGAAACAGAAUUUGAGAAUGGGAACAGGUCAUGGUUCUACUUCAGCGUCCGGGGAGGAACUCCAGGGAAACUCAUCAAGAUAAACAUUAUGAACAUGAACAAGCAAAGCAAGUUGUAUUCCCAGGGCAUGGCUCCCUUUGUGCGCACAAUGCCCACCCGGCCACGCUGGGAACGCAUUCGAGACCGGCCGACAUUUGAGAUGACAGAGACGCAGUUUGUGUUAUCCUUUGUUCACCGUUUUGUGGAAGGCCGUGGGGCUACCACCUUCUUCGCCUUCUGCUAUCCCUUCUCCUACAGUGACUGCCAGGAUUUGCUGAACCAGCUAGACCAGCGCUUUCUGGAAAACCACCCUACCCAUAGCAGCCCCCUGGAUACCAUCUAUUACCACCGGGAGGUCCUUUGCUAUUCUUUGGAUGGGCUUCGUGUAGAUCUGCUAACAGUCAGUUCCUGCCAUGGGCUUCGAGAAGACCGAGAGCCCCGACUAGAGCAGCUAUUUCCUGAUACCAGCACCCCCCGGCCAUUCCGUUUCAUAGGCAAGAGGAUAUUCUUCUUAAGCAGUAGGGUACACCCUGGGGAGACUCCAUCUAGCUUUGUCUUCAACGGCUUUCUGGACUUCAUUCUUCGACCAGAUGACCCCCGGGCCCAAACCUUACGUCGCCUCUUCGUCUUUAAACUGAUUCCCAUGUUGAACCCUGAUGGUGUGGUCCGGGGCCACUACCGCACGGACUCACGUGGAGUGAACCUGAACCGUCAGUACCUGAAGCCUGAUGCAGUCCUGCACCCAGCCAUCUAUGGGGCUAAAGCUGUGCUGCUCUACCACCAUGUGCACUCCCGUCUGAACUCCCAGAGUCUCUCAGAGCACCAGCACAGUCCCCAUCUCUCUCCUGAUGCUCCCCUUUCUGACCUUGAGAAAGCCAACAAUCUCCAAAAUGAAGCUCACCUUGAUGGGGAGAACCCUGAGACCUGGAAACAGACAGAGAUAGCAGAACAGAAGCCCAGUAGUAUGUGGAUUAUACCACAGCAGUCUACUGAGGUUGAGGAACCAGCGCCGGAGACCAUCCCCCCCAAGGAGAGUGGUGUUGCUUACUAUGUGGACCUGCAUGGACAUGCUUCCAAAAGGGGCUGCUUCAUGUAUGGGAACAGCUUUAGUGAUGAGAGCACCCAGGUAGAAAACAUGCUGUAUCCAAAGCUCAUCUCCUUGAAUUCAGCUCACUUCGACUUCCAGGGCUGCAAUUUCUCAGAGAAGAACAUGUAUGCCCGAGACCGUAGAGAUGGCCAGUCUAAGGAGGGCAGCGGCCGUGUUGCCAUCUACAAAGCCUCAGGGAUAAUCCACAGCUAUACACUCGAAUGCAACUACAACACUGGACGCUCAGUAAACAGCAUCCCUGCUGCCUGCCAUGACAAUGGGCGUGCCAGCCCCCCUCCCCCGCCGGCUUUCCCCUCCAGAUAUACUGUGGAAUUAUUUGAGCAGGUGGGACGAGCUAUGGCCAUUGCAGCUCUGGACAUGGCAGAAUGUAAUCCGUGGCCUCGAAUCGUGCUGUCAGAGCACAGCAGCCUCACUAACCUACGGGCCUGGAUGCUAAAACAUGUGCGCAACAGCCGAGGCCUGAGCAGCACUGUGAAUGUGGGUGUCAACAAGAAGAGAGGCUCUCGAACUCCACCCAAAAGUAACAAUGGACUGCCUGUUUCCUGCUCUGAAAACACCUUGAGCCGGGCACGGAGCUUUAGCACUGGCACAAGUGCUGGUGGAAGCAGCAGCAGCCAACAAAAUUCUCCACAGAUGAAGAACUCCCCCAGCUUUCCUUUUCAUGGCACUCGGCCUGCAGGGCUGCCAGGCCUGGGCUCUAGCACCCAAAAGGUCAGCCACCGGGUGCUGGGCCCCGUCAGAGAGCCCCGAAGCCAGGACAGGAGACGGCGGCAGCAGCCACUGACCCAUCGCUCUACUCCAAGCAGCCUGGUCCCAUCCCCAACUCCCACUAGUUCUGGCCCAGCCUCCUCACGCAACCUGGGCUCCUGCCUACUGCCCAACUCACUCAGCAUAUCAGGGAGUAGCAACUCACUCCUGUCAUCAGGGGACAAGCCAGAGACUGUCAUGGUGAUUGGGAAAGGUCUGCUAGGGACUGGACCACGGACCCCCUGCAUCAGGACCCGAUUGCAGGCUAGGCCCAGGUUGGGCCGGGGCUCACCGCCGACUCGCAGAGGGAUGAGAGGCUCUUCGGGCCCCACAUCCCCUAUCCCCCGGACCAGGGAGAGCAGUAAGCUGGAGCCGGGACCCUGCUCUGCUGCACCAGGGCUGCCUCAGGCUGGGCCCCCACGGCCCCACUCUGCCCCUGCCUUUUCUCCUAUUUUCUGUAGUCUGUCUGACUCCCAGUCCCGGAUUAGUUACAGCAGGGGGCCCUUGGGCCAACCUGAGGUUUGUUUUGUCCCUAAAUCCCCCCCACUCACUAUUUCUCCCCGGGUCUGAUAAUGCCUUGACCAGGAUAUAGCCCCAAGAUGGGAGAACACAGUGAGAAAUGUGCUAGUCCCCUCCCU